GGCCAGUUCCGCUAGAAAUUUAAGGUGUUGUUGAUAUAUGACAGACUCCUUCCUAGGCAAAACAAGCAAGAAUUUUUUUUAUUCUUUUCUUUUUUUUUGACAUUGACAUAAUUUUGACAUCCAAUGUCUAAUUUUGACGUUCGUACAACGUUGCCGAUUGUCGGAAUAGUAGCAAAUUAUGAGAAAAAUAGAUCGGGUCAAGUCAAUCGGGUGUCAAUUGUCAAUUUUUAAUUUCAAUUUCCUUCCUUUUCCGACGAAUUGUUUGUUGUUUUUUUUGUAGUAUUUUUAAAGAUUUCGCCUUUGUAAAGUGUAGUCUAAACUACCAAACUAGUUUUCGUCAAAAAUAAUGAACUGAACACCAUAACAUAAAAAUUUAUUUUGUUGCAGUUAGGAAUCCCUAACUACUAAAGUUUGUGUUGCACUGUAUCUAAUAUAGGUAACUUCACAAAAGCCGACAGCAGCCAGUGCGUUGGUAUAUAGCAACAAUAUAUGGCAGAAAUACAUAAGAUCAAGUUAAAUCAAAUGGAAGUGAAACCAGAAGUUAUUGAGAAUAUAUGUAAAACAGAAAUCUAUAACAAUGAGGUGGAACAUAGUUUUCUGGAUAUCAACAAGAUUGAGAUUAAGAAAGAGACCAAGACAGAAAAUGCAGGUGACACAUUUGAUUAUUUAGACUUAAAGGAAUACCCUUUAAAGACAGAAAUAGAUGAAGAUAAAUUUAUGCCAUUUGAAGAAAAACAAACAAAUGAAUUGGGUUUCUUUUGUGAAGAUAUACAAAAUGAAGGAACCAACACAAAAAAAGAAGAUACUGUAAUUGGAGAAAUGGUAUUUACCUGUAAAAUUUGUCCUAAAGAAUGUUUAACGAAUUCAUCUUUACAACAACAUAUGGGACUCCACCAUCGGGAAAAACCUUUUGAAUGUGAAAUUUGCAAAAAAGAGUUUUCAGUAAAUUUUUUUUUAAAAGAACACAUGAGAAGCCAUACUGGGGAAAAACCAUUUAAAUGUGAAAUAUGCACCAAACAGUUUUCGCAAGUUGCCAAUUUAAAAUCACAUAUGAAUGUGCAUACUGGGGAAAAGCCUUUUACUUGUGAAAUAUGUAACAAACAGUAUUCACUCAGAUCUACUUUAAACACACACAUACAAACGCAUAUUGGAGAAAAACCUUUUGAAUGUAAAAUUUGCGCCAAAGGGUUUUCACUUAGUCAUCCUUUAAAAUUACAUAUGAGAGUGCAUACUGGAGAAAGACCGUUUGUAUGCGAAAUAUGUACAAAACAGUUUUCGCGAGGUACUAAGUUAAAGUCACAUAUGAAACUGCACACUGGGGAAAAUGCCUUUACUUGUGAAAUAUGCCACAAACUGUUUGUACAAAAUUGUGAUUUAAAAAGGCACAUGAGAACGCACACUGGAGAAAAACCAUUCACAUGCAACGUAUGUUUCAAACAAUUUUCACACAAAUCUACUUUAAAAGUACACAUAAAAACGCAUACAGGAGAAAAACCGUUUGAAUGUGAAAUUUGCAUGAAACGGUUUUCACUAAGUUUGUUUUUAAAAGAACACGUGAGGACUCACACUGGAGAAAAGCCAUUUAAAUGCGAAAUAUGCUCUAAACGGUUUUCGCAAAGUAAUCAUUUAAAAUCACAUAUGAAACUGCACACUAGGGAAAAGUCUUGUUCACUGAAGUGAUAAACUAUCCCAGAUAAUUGAAAUAAUAUUGAAAUUGUCGGGUCCCACGUUAGGCGCCAAAGUGAAGCUAUAAACUACCCCAGAUAAUUGAAAUAAUAUUAAAAAAAUAAUAUUUCAACCAACAAUGAUAGUUAUCGUUUACACUAGACUAGUUCAAUCUCCCAAGUUGUGAGUCCACCUUGUCUUAAUCAAAAAUAUGAACACUGAAAAUCCAGAAUGGAGUAAAUAAAACAAUAAUUUAACUAAUGUUUAUUUAAAAAAAAAAGACAUAAUUAAGUAAUGUAUUAAAAGAUAUUUAGUAGUUGUAUUUCGUUGAUUUCGUCAUUUAUUGUAUGUAGUAAAUACAACUGCGAUGGUUUGGUCACGUACAAAUAAUGAAUGAAGACAGAAUCCCAAAACGAGUACAAAACUGGAAACAGCAAGGUAGAAGAAGAGGUAAACCGAGGAAAAGUUGGUAGGCAGGAAUAAACAAAGCCAUGGAUGAAAGAGGUCUGCAAGUAGAUCAAUGUGCGGACAGCGAGGAAUGGCGACCGGGUAUCGGAACUAAUUGGAAGACGGAGAACGUUGUAAACCGAUAAUAAAAUAAAAAGAUAUACAAGACCUUGCCGAAACUUAACAGAUCAGAUUAUACUUAUUUUAUGGUACUUGGUAUCUGUUUGCAGAUUCUUGGUGUCUUGCUGUUGAUUCUGCAACUGGCUCUGGGAUCGUAGAUGUUCUGGCUACCAGACCUAAAGGUGUUGGUCAGUUGUUAUGUUUCUUCGUAGAUUAUCGCUGCAUCGCCGGCGACAUUGGGGGCUCCAGUUGUAGAAAGUCCUCUCGGUGAAGGGGUUGUUCACAUUGUUUAUUUGUCCAGAAAAACCCAAUUUAAGAACGUCUGUUUGAAAAUGUAGCAGACAUUGCCUUAAGUAGUUUUCAAAAUUAAAAUAAAAAGUUUAUCCAUUUUGGAGGAAGCGUUAUAUUUGACAGAAGUUAUUGAAUGGGGGCUUGAAACUGACAGAACUAGAAAAUACAUUAGGAUGUCAUUGUCAUGGACCACAUAACGAUGGAAUAAGAAUGUUCUGAAAGUUUUAUACGGAGAUAUGCCUAUACAUAACGAAAGAGUGCGCCAAACAAGUUUUUAACGGGAAAACAGGUUAAGACAAAUACAAAAAGAUUAUUAUUAAUAAAUUAUUAAAGAAGAUAGAUUAAAACAAUUCUUUGGAAAUAAAAUAACAAAUAUGUGACGUAUAUACCGCUACAGCGCGCUUGUGAAAUA